AUGUUGCUCCCCGCCCCUUUCUCGCGAUAUGGCGGAUCCAUUCGCUCGCUGCAGCAGAAGUGGCGCAGCUAUGCCGAAACCAGACGGAAUAGCCACGACGAAGAUCCCCUCGCUCGCCGCAUGCUCGACGUCUUUCUCCGUACAUGGGACCUAGGUUUCAUUGCUUUUGGGGGCCCUCCUGUCCACUUUCAAAUUUUCCACGCCCGAUUUGUGGAAGGGAAAGGAGGGAAACAGAAGUGGGUGGAUGAGCAGACUUAUCAAGAGCUCUUUGCUAUCUGCCAGGGCCUUCCUGGGCCAGCUAGUACGAAGAUGCUCUUUUGUCUUGUUCUGCUUCAUGCGGGAAUAAUCCCAGCUAUCAUGGCGUUUUUUCUCUGGAGUCUUCCCGGGGCUAUCGGCAUGUAUGCUCUUUCGGUUGGCGUCCAAAAUCUUGGCGAGAGUCUUCCUGGGCCGGUAUACGCUCUCCUCUCUGGACUCAAUGCUGCGACUGUCGGUAUUGUCGCGGUUUCUGGUGUGCAGCUCGCGGAAAAAGCGAUCCAAGACAAAAUUUCUCGCAUCCUUGUUAUUUUUGGUGCAUGCGCGGGCCUUUGUUAUAACGCCCUGUGGUACUUUCCGCUGUUGAUAGUUAUUGGCGGCCUUGCUAUCGCUAUCUGGGAUGGAUGGCUAUUUUCUCUAAUACAGAAGAAAAGACUUGCGUGGAAGAACAGGCAUACACAACCAGCUGAUGCGGAGGAGGCGAAUACAGAUUCUAUACCGAUGGAAUCUAUCUCACUUGGACAAUCGGAGCGGAAUGAAAUGCUACGGUCAAGGAAGAUCAAUCCCAGUGGAACUUUGCCGCAAUCCUCGGGGCCCUUGUCGAGCUCAACUCAGCCAAUGGAGACUGUAGUAAGUCAACCAGCGAAAUACAAUAUUCGCGUUCGCACUGGAGUUGCUAUCACAAUCAUUUUCUUUGCCUCUUUUAUCGCAAUCCUUGUUGCUAGAGCUAAAUUGACGCCCCCGCCGCUCCCUCUUGAUCUAUUUGCUAGCAUGUACCUCGCGGGAACAGUGAUUUUUGGUGGAGGUCCGGUUGUCAUUCCGCUGCUUCGCUCUUAUGUUGUUGGUCCUGGCUGGGUUUCAAGCCGGGACUUCCUGAUCGGCUUAGCCAUUAUCCAAGCCUUUCCGGGGCCUAACUUCAAUUUCGCUGUCUUUUUGGGUGCAUUAGCCCUCCAGCAUUCGCAAUUCCCAACUAUAUUUGGCGGAUUUCUAGGGGGGGCUAGGCAUUUUUGUCCCUGGGAUUACGCUUGCCGUCGCAAUCCAGAUGCGUUGCGGAAGAGGAGGUCUAUGAUUCGUUUCUUGCGAGGCGUCAACGCCACAGCGAUUGGCCUAGUGUUCACUGCUGUGUACCGGCUUUGGGAGAUUGGCUACUUGACCGCGGCUAAUAGCGCCGGACAAAGCCUUGCGAACGAGCCCUGGUGGUUAGUCGUAACGACUGUGUCAUACGCAAGUAAUGCAUGGUUUCGGUUGCCUCCUGCUGGGUCGAUCAUUGUUGGCGCAGUACUAGGUCUGUGCUGGUACGGAGCCGUGGGGCGGUAA